UAAGUCUAAAUAUUUUUCGUUUUCGGUUUUGAAAUUCAAUAUUUAUUAUGAUCUAUUUCUUUUUGAGUUAAUUCCAAUAGCUUCUUAGUUCUUACAAUUACUUAGUUCCGUUUUUAUGACCGGUUCCUUCGGUUCGGUUGUAACUUUAUGUGAUUUCGCAUUUCUAUUUCUACAUCGUUAGCAUAGUAGAUUUGAUUCAGAAGUGUUUGCUUAUGCUUUUGUGAAAUUUAAUCGAGAAUUUCUAUACAAUUUCAAAUCGGAUCGAAAUUGGUAGUUACUUACUGAUCUAAUGAGCUGUGUUCGUGUUCCACUCGUUUAUAAUGUUGUGACUAUUGUGCUGAUCUGCCGAUGAAAAUCAAUCUGAUGGAACUUUUUUCGAUUUGUUCCAAAGUUAGUGCGUUGUCGUAAAAAUGUCGUAAAACUCAAGAAAAAAGAAAAGUUGAAAAAAGGACUGUUCGCGGUUUCGCGGUACCGUCAAGUGUUGUUGCCUAGCCACAGUGUAAUUACUUAGGAUAAGCGAUUCGUCUUCGAGAGAAAAGAUUUCAAACAUUUGCCAAAUCCAUACAUGAAAAUAACUGAUCAAGAAUUAGUAAAAAACAUGAGGCGAAAUUUCACACGGUGUAGAAAAACUCGGUAUUUCACGUGCUCUUCGUAAACAUAUUAUUAAGGAAAAUGUGAACUAAGAAGAUAAGUUCAACAGAAUGUUCAUAAUAUCAUGCAGCUUAUUGGCACUGUUACCAGUCGCUCUUCUGGUGGUUUUGGAAGCCGAAAAUGGAACUACCCCCUACGAAGCGAGUUUAUUAGGCAACGUAACAAUAAACUUGGCGGAAAAUGAAAUUGAUAACAGUCACGAAACGGAAACGGAAAAUGCAGUUGUUGACGAUGUUCGCAGUAUGAUCACCGAAACAUCAAGACCUGGAAUUACCCUUGCGCAGCCACCUCCUCGUUCGCCGAAUAACAAAGCAUCCGCUUGGGGACCGUUUUUUGAAGAUGGAGCUGAACCUCAAAAUGUGACCGCUAAAUUAGGAACAACCGUUCUGCUCGAUUGUAAAAUCGGUCUACUUUAUGAUAAAACAGUGAGUUGGGUCAGAAGGAAAGGCGAUAUAAUGCAUAUACUUACCGUUGGAAGAACAACUUAUAGCGCUGAUCAAAGGAUAGAGUUGAAUUUUCGAUAUCCCAAUAACUGGAGAUUACAAAUUACUUCAGUUACUAGAAGAGACGAUGGAUUAUACGAAUGCCAAAUCGCAACCCAUCCUACAACGGUGAAAAAAAUUUUCCUCAAAGUUCUAGCUCCCGAAGUGCAAAUAUUGGACGAAAAAGGUAGGCCGGUCUCGGAACGAUAUUACAAAGCCGGUAGUAUGGUACGAGUAUCGUGCGUUGCCAAGCAAGCCGAAGGAAAUCCAGCCGAUAGUAUAGUUUGGAGUACUCGUGGAAAGUUACUUUCGACAGGAAUUACGACCAAUUCGAAUUCGAGCCCAGGUGAGAUUGUAUCCCACAUGAAAAUCUCCAAAGCUCAGAAACACCACAGUGGUUUAUACACUUGUACAGUGGACCAGUUAGCAUCGGCGUCGGUUACAAUACAUAUACUAAAUGGUGAGCUACCUGCAGCGAUACAUGGCGGUUGUUCAAAUACCAUGGUUUCUUGUCUGAUCACCAUUUGCUUAUUAACACUUUGUUCGUUGAUGGUUACCAAUUACCAUAUGCCAAGAAGGUGACAUUUAUGUAUGCAAUGAAGGAUGUAAAUUAAGAUUUAUUAUAAUGUUUGUAGUUACAUUGAAAAUUCGUUAAUGAACUGUGAUACCGAAAAUAAACUGAAAAGAAUAACUGAAAGAGAGAAAAACCCGAAGAAUACAGAAAAUAUUUAUUUAAAAAAAAAAACGUGGAAGUUUUCACAAGGCUCGGUUGUAUUUUAAAAUACACGAAUAAUGGAUUCCAUCAGUUUCGCCCCCAUUCGAAAUUUAAUAUCACAAAUGAUCUCAGUGGUUCUAAUUACAUUAAGUUUUAUUGCGCGUUUUUUUCUGUUUUGUUUCGCUGUGGAUCAUAAAUCGUAUUUUUUCUUUCGGUUUAACCAAAUCUAUAAAAUAAGUUAUUUUUUAAUCUCCGUUUACAAAGUUUAUGGAAAAUUCGAAAGCAGAAUAUUAUCAUAUGUGAUUUAUGACCUAGUUUCCUUUUUUUUUAUUUCCUUUUUUAGUUAUUUUCUAAUUUUUUUUUUUUUUUUUUUUUUUAGAAUCGAUUAUAAAUUUAUGAAAUUUUUUAUCGAAAUGCUGCGGGCUGCGGGUUGACUAAAAUUUAAUUCGAAAGUAGACACACGUAUUUUACGAUAUCAAUAUUUCCGUUAUACCAACUGUUCAUAAUAAUACUACUUCAUUGUGUAAAUAGUAUAAAAUAUGUUCUUGUUACCCUUAUACAUAUAAUUUACUAAAUACAUUUUUAAUUCUUG